AUGGAAGCAAUUAGAUCGGGUGUUGAAAAAGUCAAAGAAGUGGCUGCAGGUAAAUGUGCAGAAAAACACACUGAAAAAGCAAAUGAUCCAACAUUACCCGUGCAUGAACGAGUAGAGCAUGCAUUAGAUGCUGGUAAAGCACAAUUGAAGGAAGAGAAACAUGCUGCCAAAUCGGAUUGCCAUGCGAGAGAAGGAAAAACAUCUUAA